GGCUGAGGAGCCCACGCGGCAGGGGCAUGGCAGUCCUGCUGUUCUGCUUGGCUGCGCUAGCCACCAGCAGCUUCGCGAAGCAGGAGAAAGAGCCAGUGUCCCAGCUGCAAGCUGACUUCACCCUGUUGGACAGGGGCUCAGGCCUCAGGGUAGAGGUGUUCUGUCAGGCAUCCUCGGGCAGCCCACCCAUCACCUACAGACUGGUCAGGAGGAACGGGCACAUCCACAUGCAGCAGACUCAGAGCCCAGGGCAGCCAGCCAACUUCUCCUUUCCACUGAGCCAGACGUCGGACUGGUUCCGGUGCCAGGCUGAAAACGACAUCAGCGUCCAGCACACUACCUUCACACUGGUGCCCCCAGGAGAGCUGCCCCAGGUACCCACCUUCGUGCUGGCUGGCUGCCUCAUCUCCAUCAUAGCCAUCUUCUCUUGGAAACUGAGCUGGACCAAGCAGAUCAGAUGCUAAAACCCACCACCAGAUGGAAGAAAUUAACUACUUGAUGAUCAGGAGCUCGUAGCCCAGGGGCCUUCUGGUGCCCAAGGGUUGAAAAUGUUAACCUCUGUGACACCAACCGAUCAGAGAACUGAUCACAUACCCUGCGACUCCCCUCCCUCACCUGGCCUAUAAAAGUGCUUUGCUCAAAGCCUUCGAGUAGUUCGGAAUUUGGGGGGGCGUGAGUGCCCCCACCCCGUUCUCCUUGCAUGGCCCCGCAAUAAAACUUUCUCUGCUCCAA